AUGCCCCUGCACUCAGACCCCUGGCUGGCCCACGGCCACACACGUGCAGACGAGCAGCGGGACAUCGUGGACUGGGCGCGGUACCAUGAAGCCCUGGGCGUGGACCGGAUCUAUGUGGUGGACUCCGGGGAGUCCCUGAGGCCCGUGCUGGAGGGUGCGGGCCUGGUCCAGUCGGGCCUGGUGCGACACAUCCUUGCCAGCAACGCGACAGAGCUGCAGGAGGACAUCCUCAACACCACAGGGCGCCUGAUCAAUGCCAAAUACAAGCAGCUCCUGGCCUACUCCCUCUGCCUGCGCGAUUUCCGGCUCCAGCACCGCUGGAUGGCCUUCAUCGACGCGGACGAAUACCUGACAGUGCGGGAGGCCAAUGCCACGCUGGUCUCCAUCCUGGCCGACUACGAGGCCUAUGGUGGGGUGGGCGUGAACUGGCGGAUGUAUGGUGCGGGCGGGCGGCUGGAGCGCCCGCGCACCCCCGCCCCCGACGCCUACCAUUCCUGCUACCCCGUGGGCGAGCCGGAGAACGUGCACAUCAAGACGGUGGCCAACACGGCCUACGUGGCGCGCGCCGGCGGCGCACACCACGCCGAGUACCGGCGCGGGUACUAUGCGGUGACCACCGACCGGCGGCGGGUACUGGGGCCCAAGUCGGCGGCCCCCGUCUACGAUCGCCUGGUCCUGCGCCACUACGUCAGCAAGAGCCUGUGGGACUACAGCCAGAAGAUCCUGCGCGGCUCCGGCAUGUCGCGCGUCAAGACCAUGCCCUACUUCCACCACGUCCAGAUCCGCGCCUGGCAGGACUGCCGGCGCGCCGCGGCCUGGCCGGACGGCGGGCCGGAGCAGGUCGCGCCCGCCACCAUGCUCCGCGCUUUCCCCCUGGACGCCGAGGGGAACGCCCUGUCCUGGGAAGCCGCGCUUGCCACGAGCCGCGCUGCGGGCGGGGCACGUGGUGAGGAGGCGGUGAGAGUGGGAACCGGCCACAUCCCUGAUGUGGCAGGGACAGGAGCAGGCGCCGUGGCAGCGAGUGCAGAGACAGGUGGCGCGGCGACAGGAGGUGGCGCGAUGGAGAGUGCAGGAACAGGCGGCAUUGCGGCAGAGGGCACCGUGGCAGGAGGCGCUGUGACAGGAGGCGCCGUGGUAAAGAGCGCAGUGGCAGGAGGCGCGGCGGCAGAGGGUGCAACGAUCGGAGGCGCGGCGGCAGAGGGUGCAACGAUCGGAGGCGCAGCGGCAGAGAGCGCCCUGACAGAGGGCGUGGUCGCAGAUCGCACGACGGCAGGGGAGGUGUCCACCAAUGCGACAUCGGCGGCCGGCACAAGUGCCGGCGGCGCAACAGCAGUCCCCGCAGGACCUGGUGCUGCAAUCGGAUCGCCUGGAACGCCCGCUGGCGCCAUGGUGGCCAGCGGCAUGGCCGCAAGCUCCGAGGCCUCGGCCCAGACAGGAGCAGCAGACCCCGUAGCUUGA